AUGGCAGCCUCCGUCGACGUGCUUCUGCUCGGCUCAGGCUGGACCGGAUCCUUCCUCAUCCCUCUCUUCCGCGACCAAAACUUGAACUACGCCUACACCUCCAGAUCUCCACCCGACGAAAAGACACCCAACGAUCCUCAUAGAAUCCAGUUUGAGCUCACGGAUCCCGUCACCAAGCAGUCACUCCGUCCGCUUCCAAGCGCACGCACCGUCGUCAUCAUCUUCCCCAUCAAGACUCUGUCCCAAGUCGACGACCUCGUGCGGGAGUACGAAGCCAUCCACGGGAGUACGCGCUGGAUUCAGCUCGGCAGCACUGGAAUCUGGGGCUCUGGAAUACACAACUCCUCCUCGCCCUUCGACACGCAAAAUGCACGCGCCGCCGCAGAACAGAGGCUGCUCGAUGUCACCGCAAAGGCACGCCAUCCACGUGCCGCGGUACUCAAUCUCGCUGGUCUGUACGGCGGUCUGCGCCAGCCGAAGAACUUUGCCUCCAGAGUAGGCGCCACAAAGGAUCUGCUUGCCCUGAAAGGAUCCGUACAUUUUGUCCAUGGUCUCGACGUCGCCCGCGCCAUCAUUCUCCUCCAUCAAAGCACCCGCUCCGGCUGGGGGCGUCGCUGGAUCCUCUCCGACACUCGUGUCUACGACUGGUGGCAGCUCUUCAGCUACCUCCGCCCCAACAUCCCGGACCAUCCAGACGACAGCCCAGAGACUGCUCAGCGCUGGGUUCGCGAGCUACAACGCGAGAACGACAUCGGCACCUUGCCCCGUCCCAUUGCCUCGGAGCCAGAUCAAAAGCUUCCCCACUACCUCGAGCGCGCCCUCGACGGACACGAAUUCUGGCACCUCUUCAACGAAUCGCCCCAGGUUGACUCCGUCUACCACGGCGGAGAGCACGGCCUGGGACCCAAGGCCAGCCCUCGGCAUGAUGAGAAGUCGCAGGACCAUUCCGAGACUCACAGCCUCGGCUCAAGCACCCAGUCGUUGGUCAUUCGUCCUUUCGAUCCCACGAUCCCGGAGGACAAGCUGCAGGACCUGAUUGAACGUAUCGAGGUCGAUGCGAAGCGUCCUCUACCUACAAAGGCCAGCUUCGAAGGUAGCUACGAACGCCUCGGCCUCACUCAUGAACGCUUCUGCAAGCUGCGCGACGCUUGGAUUCCCUUCCUCCGCUCGGAGCCCGCAUUCAAGGUUGAGGCCAGUGAAUCCGACGACUCGGCUAGCAUCAGCAGACGAGCGGGCCCAGACCACGACACAUGGGCAGCGGAGCAGGCACGCCUCUCCUCUUUCUCCCACUACAAGGUGCUCAUCGAGGAUGUGGAUCUGCACUUCAUCCAUGAACGCGCCAAUCCUCCAGCAUCCGGCACCAACAUCAAGGUGAUCCCGCUCUUGCUGCUGCACGGCUGGCCAGGAUCGAUCCACGAAUUCCUCGACCUCAUCAAGCCGCUCGCUCAUCCGGGCAACCUCACUCCCGUCCAUUUCGACAUCGUGGUCCCCUCUCAUCCCGGCUACAUCUUCUCGAGUUCGGCCGCAGGUUUGGCCAGGGAUCCACGCACAGGCAACGUCAUCGGUAUGCACUCGGGUCCGAACGGCGACUUGCUCGUCAAGGACGUCGCACGCAUCAUGCACAAGCUCAUGGCGCGCCUUGGCUACCACAACUAUGCGAUUCAGGCGGGCGAUUGGGGCGCUGGACUCCUGCGCAGCAUGGCACUGCAGUUCCCCGACAACGUCCGUGCUGUCCAUCUCAACUUUUGUCCGUCGCAGGCGCCUUCGCUCGUCUUGCCCCUGGUCGGGCGCCAAGGGACGCCCGACUGGGUGCUGCGUUUGCCUCAGCUCAUCUCAAAGCAGCGCUACUCGCAACGAGCCCUCGGGCUGUUUUCCAGCUGGAGCCAGGGCGAACGCUCAAGCGAUCUUUGCGGAGCUGGAACUCUGAUUGGAAAGACAGCCGAGCUUCUGACAGAGGCAACUUGGAGGGGCCUUGCGCUGCUCAGUCUUGGCUCGGUGCCAGCGCCGUUGUCGCAAGAGGAGCGUGAGGGGUUGAGUCGAGGAAUCGAAUUCGUUGCGACUGGCAGUGCCUAUGCGGCCAUGCACGGUACACGGCCUUCGACCCUCGGCUUGGUUCUGUCUCGUUCGCCACUCGCUACACUUGCCUGGGUCGGAGAAAAGAUGUAUGCAUGGACCGAUGCGGACCCGGACGCUUCGACGAUUCUGGCCAACCUCACGCUGUACGAAACGACCGACACCAUCGCCGGCUCCUUCUAUCCUUACCGCAAUCGUCAUGCGGGAGGGCCGGCAGCCAUCGCCAGCGAUCCGCGCAACUACAUCCCUCAGCCCACUGGGUACUCGAGCUUCCCGCUCGAGAUCAUUCAGGUGCCCGAGUCGUUUGUCAAGGCCAGCGUCAACCUGCGCUGGUUCCGAAAGCACGCGGAGGGCGGACACUUCGCUGCGCUCGAGCAACCCGCAGCUCUCGUCGAGGAUAUCACGCAUUGCUUUGCCGAAAUCUGGCCGCUCUGA